CACGUACCGCGUCUGCCUCCCGCUGCCGCGUCCUCGCCGGCGCCUUCCACCGGCGCGUUCAGACCUUCUAGCCCUGCUAGAUCCACAUCCCUUUCCACACUGGGGCUCUGUUUCAUGCUCCAUUUGAACCCAACGGAGUGCAAGAACGAACUUAAGAAAGGUGAGGCACAAAGCCCCCGAUAUCUCAACCACUUCGCCGCCGUCGUUCUUCCGCCGGAGCCUACAGAAGAGCCAUUGACGGCUACCAGAUAUCUAGCCGGGGUAACACAUCUUUCCGUGACACUUGUUGCAUGUGCUUGUGUGUGCUGAUUACGGUGGUUUCCUGUGACCCCAAGGGAAUCGAAGUGUUCCACAGCGAAGAUGCCUGGUCUAGCUCUACCUAACCAUGAUGCAGCGAACAAUGGAUGUGGAUUCGGAUACCCCAGGUCUGCAGACCAUAGGUGUGGUCAGCAGUCAAGAGCUCAGUUAUCUCCAGAUGAGGAACUUACUCCCGAGGAAUGUUUGACAUUAUACUGCAAACCAGUUGAGCUGUACAAUAUUAUUCGACUAAGAGCCACUGAAGAUCCCCCUUUGCUUCAAAGAUGCCUUUCUUAUAAGAUAGACGCAAGACGAAAAAAGAGGAUACAUAUAUCGGUAUCAAUUUCUGGAAGCGCAAAUAAUGAACUGCCAGCACAUUGUAUCUUUCCUCUCCAUGUUCUGUUUGCUAGAGCUACUAGUAAUGAUUCGCUUGAUGGGCAUUCUCCAGUGUAUCAGUUCAGCCGGGCUUGUCUCCUGACUUCUUUUUGUGAAUCUGGAGAUAGUGACCACACUAAAGCUACGUUCACCAUCCCCGAUCUGAAGAGUUUAGCAACCUCCCAAGUUUUCAACCUUAACAUCAUCCUUAUUAGUUGUGGCCAACAUGGACAAAAUCUUAGUGGAAACUUCUCAGAGAACCAUAUGGACUAUUCUUCUCCUCAAAAGCUUGGAGGUCAAUGUUUCUGGGGUAACAUACCAAUUGAUUUACUUUGGUCAUCUUUGGAUAAUUGCGUAACUUUAAGUUUGGGGCGUACUGUGGAAUUGACAUCGGAAGUAAGCAUGAGCCCAGGCUUCAUAGAGCCAACAUUUCUUGAGUGUGGCAGUUUCUUGACAUUUUGUUCUCGAAAGGCAGAUGCUACAGGUUCAUAUAAACUACAAGCAAGCAUAGAUGCACAAGAGGCUGGUGCAAAAGGCAGGGAUGUAUAUCCUUAUAGUCGUUACUCAUAUGCUGAUGUCCCACUUUCGUCAUUAGCACAUAUCAUAAGGUUAAGAACAGGCAAUGUGCUCUUUAACUACAAGCACUGCAAAAAGUUGCUACAAAGCGAAGUUACAGAAGAUUUUUCUUGCUCCUUUUGCUUGGUACGGUGUGGAAGCUUCAAGGGUCUGGAAUAUCAUUUAACCUCAUCUCAUGAGCUAUUCCACUUUGAGUUCUUGGUAUCUGAAGACUGCCAGGCUGUUUAUGUUAGUCUGAAGACUGAUACCAGGAGAGAGGAGCUUCUAGCUACUGCAGGAGAUGAACGAGGAGAGAGAGUAUUUUUCUACAGAUCAAGGUUUAAGAAGAGGUGCCGAAGAUUAGAAACAACAAUCGAGAAGACCAAGCAUGUACAUCCACAUAUCAUGGAACCAGGAUCAUCUGGAAAGACUAUUGCUGUGCAGAAACAUAAUGUGGAAUCAAGAUCGCCAGGAAAUAUGGGUCAUGUACAUGCACAUACUAGGGAAUCAGGAUCAUCCAAAGAUGCCCAUAAAGAGUCAGAAGUGGAUUAUGUCCCAAAGGAAAAUGGGAUUUCUGUGCCACAAGCUUCAAUUGAUUCUCAUCCCGCAUUACACGGUAGCAAUCAUUCAACACCAGCAGUUCUAGAGUUUGGGAAGACAAGGAAGCUCUCCGUUGAUCGAGCUGACCUCAGAAAUCGUCUAUUGCUGCAAAAACGUGAAUUCUUCCAUUCUCAGAAGGCACAGAGAAUGGAACUAGAAGAAGUUUUGGCAGAUCAUGACAGUGAAGACGAAAUUGAUGAUGACAUCGCUGACUUUGAAGAUAUGACGAUGCUUGAUGGUUUUUCUGAUGUUACAAAAGACGAGAAGCGUAUUAUGUAUAUGUGGAAUUCAUUUGUUCGAAGACAAAGAGUACUAGCCGACGGUCAUAUACCUUGGGCUUGCGGCGCGUUCUCCCGGCAGCACGGACAGGAGCUCGUGCACAACCCUGCUCUACGAUGGUGCUGGCGAUUUGUUAUGAUCAAACUCUGGAACCACAGACUGCUUGACGCUCGCACCAUGAACACCUGCAACAAGUUUCUCGACGACCUGGAAAGUGAGAACUCCAACCCCAAGCAAACUUGAUUCGUGGAAAACAUUGGCCAGGUCGAGAAGGGCCGGCCGUAGGGCCCGUGGAUGGUGAUGCUUUGUGGUGGUGCAAAGUGACACAUUUUGAUUCCUGGCGUGCCUCGUUGACGGUCACAGGAUUUACCGUUCGGCGACAAUGACCUAUUUUGGGACAAGUGUUGUGGAGUUGUUGUGCGCUGUUGAAAUCAAACAAGGUAGAAGGUUUGUGCACUGAUGUAAUUGUUUUCCAAGUCAAUGAUUAAUUCAUAAAUUUUGUAAUGAGUUGGGCUGAUUUUGCAAGUCACAGUUUGGGGACUGCUGAUUACUAAUAAAACGUGAUAUACACA